CUUGACAUAUGACAUAUACAUUAUUAAUAAUCGCCUUAAACUUCACCUUAGUCGAUGAUAAUCCUAAAAGAAAUGUUAUUUUACAAUAAAUUCGAUGGCUAAUACAUUUUUUAAUCUCGAAGCGGCUCUAAUUAAUGGAGAGAAUUCGGCCCAAGAUGAAGACGAUUGCUUAGAAAACGAAGAGGAAUAUGAUGCCCUAAAUGAUGAAACUUUUGGUGCUUUAGAGGAUUCAUCGAGUUUCGAUGAUUGGGAACAACAACACGAACAAUACGCUGAGAUUGCAGAGAGUUCUAGACAUUCUGAACAAUUAGAAAACUCCAUAUCAAAGUUAGUUCUCGAUAAUUCAGAAAAUCGCGUUCCUCGUCUAUCAGAUUCAGUGUGGUCUUAUACGCCAACAACUAAAGAUGCUACGGCAAAUAAAAAUUACGAUAAUUUCAACAAAUCCAUCAUUUCGUCUUUACAAAAAGCAUCCAAAUCGUUUAUUGAAUCGCUUAACGAUUACACGAAACGCCCAACGGAAACUGUUCCCGUUCCCAAUCACGGACCUCCUGGGGGCACCACAUUGAAAGGCAUUUGUACUGUGGAAGAAUUAGAGAAAAGCCUUAUCGAUUCGAGCAAAAAUGCCUCAUCUUCGAAGGUUCCAUUGCCGCCUAAACAACACCAAUUACGACAUCAGACAUUACCUAGACCUUUACUAUCUAUACCAGGUGGACCCGGUUCUCAUCAACAUCAACAUCAUCCGAUGCUACAGCACCAUAUUCAAAACGCUAGAUUACCACCUCCCGGUUUGCCACCUUUGACUGUACCACCGCCGGGUAUGAGACCACCUAUGAAUGCUCAUCAUAUGCCGGGUAUGCUACCACCCGGUAUGCUCAGAUUAGUUUCACCGCAUCAACAUUUUAUGCAAAAUGGUCCGAUGAGACCGCCGGGUUUCAUGUAUCCCCCGCCCGGAUCAAAUCCGAUGGGCCACCAUUAUUCCUAUCAUCAACCGGCUCGCAUGGGAAAUAUUCCAAUGAACUCCCAACAGCAACAGCAAAGUGGUAACUCGACAAUUUCCAAUUGUCAUCAACAAUACAGGAAUAAUAUGGAAAGAACGAGAAAUGAUAGCGGACAUUACAGAGAAAGGAAUCACAAGGAUUACGAACAAAGAGACGAAUAUGCAGGAUUAAUGACUAUGAGAGAGAAACAAUGGUUGUUGAACAUACAAUUGUUGCAAUUAAAUACGGGAACGCCCUAUUUUGACGAUUACUAUUAUACAAUAUUUAAAGAAAGAAAAUCCAAAAGCGACAAGGAAAAUAACGUCAUCGGCGAGAAAAACGUGCCGAAUAGUAAAAGACAACAGAGAAAUAACGAACAUCAUCAGGAAAAUCAAAAUACCCUGACUCCGAGAGUGUACACUCCGUUGCAGUUUGAAAAUUCUUUGGGAAAAUUGCAAUGCGGUUCAGUAACGGCUCCAAGGAAAAUAAUUGACAUGGAUAUCGUAACACCUGAUAAAGAUAACGAAAGUACACCCUCUAUAUCGAGAGAUAGCAGAAAAACGAGACAGUUAUUGUUAGAGUUAGAGUCUCUUUAUUCUCUAUUGUUAAAGGCCGAAGAUAUUAACAAUCCUUUGUACGCCAACAAUAUGGAUAAGCUGAGAGAAAUGAAACAAAAACAAAGACUAAGGGAAUUGGAAUUGGUUCCCACUUUAGAACAAAGAAGAGAAAUUUUGCGAUUGUUUAAAAUCGAGAGUGAACUAAUAAUCGAAAAUCCUUUGGACUAUAUUACGAAAAUUAUUCAAGGAUUUUUACGAGAUGACAAAAUAACGAGUUUUCUGAAUAUCAGAAAAGGAAAGAUGCUGCUCUUGAGACUUUUGCCUCAUUUAACAAUAGAAACUUUUGCUACACAACUUUUGGAAUUGUGGACUAAGGUGUUGUUGAGUUUACCUGUUGUUGGUAGAAGAGAUACGGCCGGUGAUAAUAUUUUACCUAAAUUAUACCCUUACUUGAAAAGAUACACACAUUCUACAAACAUGUCUGAUAUAAUAGAAAUAGUAAGUGGUUUAAUUGAAGUUGUUAAACCGGACAAUCCCAGAAGUACACCGUUGAGUCACGCGGGUAAAUCCCCUUUGUAUUUCGUCUUGCUGAAUAAGUUUGGCGUAUCGGCUUUGGUGAUAUUGUUAAUAAGAGUGGAAUGUCUGAUAUCAUCCGAUUCGGUAACUGAAAAGCAAGAAAACGUUUGGUCGAAUUUUCUGGUGAAUUUGUGUCAACAAAUCGAGUCUACUAUGAACAAAAUCCCUUCGCCUAUUGACGUCAUACCGGGUCCGAUUUUUAACAAGCAUUGCGAUCGUUUCAACAACGUUUUGAAAGCGGAGAAGAGAUCAUUGUUGCAAAAAUAUUUUGUUGAUUGUAAUUCUAAUAUUUAAAAAGUGAUUGUUUUUUUUU